GGGAGCGGGAGAGGGAGAGGGAGAGCAGCUAAUUAAAAAGGGCAACCGUAGGGACGCGAGCCGGAGUAGCCGUAGGCCGCCAAGAGCCAACUCGCCGCGGAGCUUGGAUCUAACCAAGGCGCCGAGGGUUCCCCAACCUAGGCUGGAAUCUUGCCUUGCACAGGCCUGCUGCUAUACUCCAUGUAAAAAGCAGGAAAUAAAAUCAAGAUUUUUCAGUGAAAGAUGCGGUUCUGGCUGUUUCCAGUUUUUUUGGCCAUUGUAUAUUUCUGCACCAUUGUCCAGGGUCAAGUGGCUCCACCUACAAGGUUAAGAUAUAAUGUAUUAUCUCAUGACAGUAUACAGAUUUCAUGGAAGGCUCCAAGAGGGAAAUUUGGGGGAUACAAACUUCUUGUGACUCCAGCUUCAGGUGGAAAAACCAACCAACUGAAUCUCCAGAACACUGCAACUAAAGCCAUUAUUCAAGGUCUUAUACCUGACCAGAAUUAUACAGUUCAAAUUAUUGCAUACCAUAAAGACAAAGAAAGCAAGCCAGCCCAAGGCCAGUUCAGAAUUCAAGAUUUAGAAAAAAGAAAAGAUCCAAAGCCCAGAGUCAAAGUUGUGGACAGAGGAAAUGGGAGUAAACCAACUUCACCAGAAGAAGAAGUGAAAUUUGUUUGUAAAACUCCAGCUAUUGCUGAUAUUGUAAUCCUGGUCGAUGGUUCAUGGAGUAUUGGAAGAUUCAACUUCCGACUGGUUCGACUUUUCUUGGAAAAUCUGGUGACAGCCUUCAAUGUGGGCUUGGAGAAGACACGAAUUGGUCUUGCACAGUAUAGUGGUGACCCCAGAAUAGAAUGGCAUUUGAAUGCCUUUAGCACAAAAGAUGAGGUGAUUGAAGCCGUCCGAAACUUACCAUACAAGGGGGGAAACACACUAACAGGUCUUGCCUUGAACUACAUUUUUGAAAAUAGCUUUAAACCAGAAGCAGGAGCAAGGAGUGGAGUAUCCAAAAUUGGCAUUUUAAUCACAGAUGGAAAAUCCCAAGAUGAUAUUAUUCCACCAUCCAGAAACCUUCGUGAGUCUGGUGUUGAGCUGUUUGCAAUAGGGGUGAAAAAUGCGGAUGUGAAUGAGCUGCAGGAGAUUGCCUCUGAACCCGACAGCACUCAUGUGUACAACGUCGCCGAAUUUGACCUGAUGCACACUGUUGUGGAGAGUCUAACAAGGACCGUCUGCUCCAGAGUAGAAGAACAGGACAAGGAAAUCAAAGCCUCAGCUCUUGCCACCAUUGGGCCGCCUACAGAGUUGAUUAUUUCGGAAGUUACAGCCAGAAGCUUUAUGGUCAACUGGACUCAUGCUCCAGGGGAAGUGGAAAACUACAGAGUUGUGUAUUAUCCUGCCAGGGGUGGGAAACCAGAAGAGGUGGUGGUGGAUGGAAGUGUAUCUUCUACGGUGCUGAAAAACUUGAUGUCUUUGACUGAAUAUCAGAUAGCAGUCUUUGCAAUAUAUGCCCACACUGCCAGUGAAGCCCUCCGGGGAACUGAAACUACACUUGCAUUACCCAUGGUUUCUGACCUUGAGCUUUAUGAUGUGACUGAGAGCAGCCUGCGGGUCCGGUGGAACCCUGUGGCUGGGGCGUCCGGAUACCUGGUCCUCUAUGCGCCUCUCACCGAGGGCCUGGCAGGGGAUGAGAAAGAGAUGAAAAUUGGAGAGACCCACACAGACAUUGAAUUGAGUGACUUGUUGCCCAAUACGGAAUACACAGUGACGGUUUAUGCCAUGUUUGGAGAAGAGGCCAGUGAUCCUGUUACAGGACAAGAAACAACAUUACCUUUAAGUCCACCAAGAAACCUGAGAAUCUCCAAUAUUGGCUCGAACAGUGCUCGAUUAAGUUGGGAUCCAACUUCAAGUAACGUCAUUGGUUAUCGAAUUUUAUAUAACAACGAAGAUGAGACUGAAAUCAAUGAGGUUGAAGUCGAUCCUGUUACUACAUUCCCUCUGAAAGGCUUGACACCCCUCACAGAGUAUGAUGUUGCCAUCUUCUCCAUCUAUGAUGAAGGGCAGUCAGAGCCUCUGACUGGCACGUUUAUCACAGAGGAUGUCCCAGCCCAGCAGUACUUGGAAAUUGAUGAGGUGACGACGGAGAGUUUUAGAGUGACCUGGCAUCCCCUCUCGGCUGAUGAAGGGCAGCACAAGUUGAUGUGGAUUCCAGUCUAUGGUGGGAAGACUGAAGAGGUUUUCCUAAAAGAAGAGCAGGACUCCUAUGUUAUUGAAGGCCUGGAUCCUGGCACCGAGUAUGAGGUUUCACUGCUGGCUGUACUCGAUGAUGGGAGUGAGACUGAGGUAGUUUCUGCUGUUGGGACCACACUUGACAGCAUUUGGACAGAACCAGCCACAACCAUAAUCCCAACCACACCUGUGACUUCAGUUUUCCGGACAGGAAUCAGAAACCUGGUUGUAGAUGAUGAAACCACUUCUAGCCUGCGGGUAAAAUGGGACGUUUCAGACAGCAGUGUGCAGCAGUUCAGGGUGUCCUACCUGACUGCUCCAGGGGAUCCCGCAGAAGAAGUGGUAGCAACGGUUAUGGUGCCUGGAAGCCAGAACAAUCUCCUUCUGAAGUCUCUGCUUCCCGAUACCGAAUACAAAGUCACGGUGACUCCCAUCUACACUGAUGGAGAAGGCGUCAGUGUCUCUGCCCCUGGAAAAACCUUGCCGCUGUCUGGUCCCCAAAACUUACGGGUCUCAGAGGAGUGGUAUAACCGAUUGCGCAUUACAUGGGAUCCCCCAUCUACCCCUGUAAAAGGCUACAGGAUUGUCUACAAACCUGUUAGUGUUCCUGGCCCAACACUGGAAACUUUUGUGGGAGCUGACAUUAAUACCAUCCUUAUCACAAACCUCCUCAGCGGGAUGGACUACAACGUGAAGAUAUUUGCCUCCCAGGCUUCCGGCUACAGCGACGCUCUGACGGGCAUAGUGAAAACACUGUUCUUGGGCGUGACCAAUCUCCAGGCAGACCAUAUUCAAAUGACCAGCAUGUGUGCUCGGUGGCAGGUGCACCGCCAUGCCUCAGCCUACCGGAUAGUCAUAGAAUCCCUCCAGGACACGAAGAAUCAAGAAGCCACUGUGGGUGGAGGAACAAACAGGCAUUGCUUCUAUGGACUUCAGCCUGAUUCGGAAUAUAAAAUCAGUGUUUACACAAAGCACCAGGAGAUCGAGGGACCCAGUGUGAGCAUAAUGGAAAAAACACAACCAGCACCUACUCAACCACCAACUUUUCCUCCAACCAUUCCACCAGCAAAAGAAGUCUGUAAAGCUGCCAAAGCAGAUCUGGUGUUCAUGGUGGAUGGAUCCUGGAGUAUUGGAGAUGACAAUUUCAAUAAGAUCAUUAACUUUCUGUGCAACACUGUUGGAGCACUGGACAAGAUUGGUGCAGGUGGAACUCAAGUGGCAAUGGUUCAGUUCACUGAUGACCCCAGGACAGAAUUUACACUAAAUGCUUACAAAACUAAAGAGUCUCUUCUUAACGCAAUUAAACAUGUUUCAUACAAAGGAGGAAAUACAAAAACAGGAAAAGCCAUUAAGUAUGUUCGAGACACCUUGUUUAGUGCAGAGUCAGGUACAAGAAGAGGCAUCCCAAAAGUUAUAGUGGUUAUAACGGAUGGGAGGUCACAAGAUGAUGUGAACAAAAUUGCCAAAGAGAUGCAAUUAGAUGGCUACAGCAUUUUUGCAGUCGGAGUGGCAGAUGCAGAUUACUCAGAGUUGGUUAGCAUUGGCAGUAAGCCCAGUGCACGCCAUGUCUUCUUUGUGGAUGACUUUGAUGCCUUUAAGAAAAUUGAAGACGAGUUGAUUACUUUCGUCUGUGAAGCUGCAUCAGCAACCUGCCCACCGGUGCACAAGGAUGGCAUCGAUCUUGCAGGAUUUAAGAUGAUGGAAAUGUUUGGCUUGGUCGAAAAGGAUUUUUCAUCUGUGGAAGGGGUUUCUAUGCAGCCUGGUACCUUCAAUGUGUACCCCUGUUACCAACUUCAUAAAGAUGCCCUGGUUUCCCAGCCGACCAGAUAUUUGCAUCCGGAAGGAUUGCCCUCUGACUACACCCUCAGCUUUCUCUUCCGGAUUCUUCCUGACACUCCAGAGGAGCCAUUUGCUCUUUGGGAGAUUUUAAAUAAAAAUUCAGACCCAUUGGUUGGAGUCAUUUUAGAUAAUGGUGGGAAAACCCUGACAUAUUUCAACUAUGACUACAGUGGAGAUUUUCAAACUGCUACUUUUGAAGGACCUGAAAUUAGGAAAAUUUUCUAUGGCAGCUUUCACAAGAUACACAUUGUUGUCAGCAAGACUUUGGCCAAACUGGUUGUUGACUGCAAGCAAGUGGGUGAGAAGGCAAUCAAUGCAUCAGCUAACAUCACAUCGGAUGGUGUAGAAGUUCUGGGAAGAAUGGUUCGAUCGAGAGGACUGAAUGGAAACUCUGUACCAUUCCAGUUACAGAUGUUUGACAUUGUUUGUUCCACAUCGUGGGCUGAUCGAGACAAGUGCUGUGAACUUCCAGGCCUGAGGGAUGAGGAGACCUGCCCAGAGCUUCCUCAUUCCUGCUCCUGUUCUGAAACCAUGAAAGGGGCUCUGGGACCAGCAGGCCCACCAGGAGGUCCAGGACUCCGAGGACCAAAAGGCCAACAGGGAGAACAGGGUCCAAAGGGACCAGAGGGCCCUCGGGGUGAAAUAGGCCCUGCAGGACCUCAGGGUCCCCCUGGACCCCAAGGACCAAGUGGUUUGUCCAUUCAAGGAAUGCCUGGAGCAACAGGUGGAAAAGGAGAGAAAGGAGAUACUGGCCUUCCUGGCCCCCAGGGUAUCCCGGGAGGCAUUGGUUCACCAGGACGCGAUGGCUCACCUGGCCAGAGGGGCUUUCCUGGGAAGGAUGGAUCCUCAGGCCCUCCAGGACCACCAGGGCCAAUUGGCAUUCCCGGAGCCCCUGGAGUCCCAGGAAUCACAGGAAGCACAGGCCCCCAAGGCGCACUGGGACCACCCGGUGUCCCUGGAGCAAAGGGAGAACGGGGAGAGCGAGGUGACCUGCAGUCUCAAGCCAUGGUGAGGUCAGUGGCGCGCCAGGUGUGCGAGCAGCUCAUCGAGAGUCACAUGGCCAGGUUCACGGCCAUUCUCAACCAGAUUCCCAGCCACUCCUCAUCAAUCCGGACCAUCCAGGGGCCUCCUGGAGAGCCUGGGAGACCAGGUUCCCCUGGAACCCCCGGUGAACAAGGACCCCCAGGUACACCAGGCUUCCCAGGAAAUGCAGGCGUGCCAGGGACUCCAGGAGAACGAGGUCUAACUGGUGCCAAGGGAGAAAAAGGCAAUCCAGGGAUUGGAACCCAAGGUCCAAGAGGUCCCCCUGGGCCAGCAGGACCUUCAGGGGAGAGUCGGCCUGGCAACCCUGGACCCCCUGGCUCUCCUGGACCAAGGGGUCCACCGGGCCACCUUGGGGUGCCCGGCCCACAAGGUCCUUCUGGUCAGCCUGGAUACUGUGAUGCCUCUUCGUGUUCUACCUUCGUGGGAGAUCUGAUCCCUUACAAUGAUUACCAGCGCUAAAGUGGAAAUCCUCCACUCCGAUCAUAUUGGCCUGGGUAUUUGGCUAUGGAUACAGAACUGUCCUGUUGAUCACCACCACCAAGCCCCUGCCCCUAACAAUGGGCACUCCACUUCCCUGCCUCACUUGCUUCCCUGCCUGCCCACUUUCACAUCUCUUGCCCUCCCCGCGCCACAUAGGAUGCAGUGAUAAUAUGGGAACUUAACCAAAUGACAUGCGUCAGUUGUAAUAGAAACUGACUAUUCAAUGUCUUUAGGUAUAUGAUUAGAUGCCAAGAAUUUAUCCCCCAACUCCCCCAUCUGGAGGUUCAGUAAUGUUAGUUAAACAUGACUUCUCUUCUUUCUGGUGCCCACACCUGACUGGUGGGCGUCUUUCUCCCUGAGCACCCUACAAUCCAUUUUUCCCUGGGCACACCUACCCCCUGCCACUCUCCUGGUGAUGGACUUCUAACAUCAGACCUGUUUUUAAAGUUUAUUUUUCUUUCAUAAUUCUGCGGAGUUUUCAGGGUUUUUUUUUUUUUUUUGUAAAUAAAAUAUAUAAUAUUUAAUCAGUUGGCUGUGAUUCUAGUUUUCUAACAAUUUCUGCAACAUGUCUGUCCUUACCUCCUUGUACUAACUGAUACCUCACGAAGAACGCAGAAGCGGUGGCGUGGUGGGUUGUGGUAGAUAUGGCUUUCUACCCAAGCAGGAUAUCUCUGUACUUUAAUGACCAAAUAUACGUCUCUAAGGACUCGUAAGAGGGGGAAAUAUCAAUUUGUGGUUCCUGGGUCCCAUCAAGUCCCCACCCCAACU